AUGGCCACAGUUGUGGUCCAACAACAACCCCAAGUUCGACAGUCGACUCCUCCACCCCUCGGCCCGACCAUUUCACUGAGCCAGGCCCGAUCCUCGACACCCAUCCCCAACAAACACCUGCCUUACUGUCCGCCAGGACCGGUUCCCUCACAGUCGCAUAUCACUCCACCCAACUCUCCACCACUACGAAACGUCGCCCCCAAACCCACCUCGCUCCUACACCCCGCAAGCAACUACCAGAAGUUGUGCAGUUCUCCUCCGAUAUAUGGCAUCUCUGCGAGACAGGUAGCCGAGGCUCUCGAACACUAUUCUUGUCAACCCCUUCCUCAUCCGUCGUCAGUCUUUCCAUGGCUCCACGGCCUCCAUCCAGAGAACCAUAUCCAGUUGGCUUUCUUUGUCGCUCGGAAGAAGUCGCUGCGAAGAAUACCAAAAUGUCUGCGCGGGAUAACUAUAAUAAAGGCUGGCGGUGACCUAAGUCGCUCGAGGAUCAAAGGCGCCAUUGCUCCAGAUGAAGUCCUCAACUUGUCAGAGAGCAAUGGCAGGGGCUUCGUCGACUGUGAUCCUCGAGAAGGGUUCUCCGUCCGCAAUUUCCAUAUUCAAGCGGUCAAAAUGGCACUGGUGUCCGACAUCAUCGUUUACGGCGAUGAAGACACAGACCACCGUAUCAUCAAGUCCGUGGCUGAGAGAACAGCAUCCGUGCAGAAGAAGUGGCGAAAGGAAUUGGAAACCAUCGGCCAAUAUCCUGAGACUUUCAACACCUUUGUGCUGACGCAGUCCUUUGAAGACUUUGAGCAAUUGUAUCCGGAAUUGGUGGCUAUUGACUCCCAAGGCAAAUACCAGGACCAUACACUCGACUUCCUCCAACAAGAAAGGCGAGAAAUGUGCGCCAUGUCCAAGGCUUCGGAAAUCUCGCACGCCGUCUUUCAAGGCCCAUCACCAGGACCGUACACCAACCCGCCAUCCAGCCUCGAUGACCCGAGCUACGACCUAUAUGUGGAAGCUAGCGAUCACGCAACGCUGCCUGACGACAAACUUCUAGCCGCAAAAUUGAAACAGCUCGAAGAUCGCGACGAGGAUGAUGACCCUGUACACCUCGCUUUCCCCAGCUCGGGAAGUAUUCUGCCGCCAUCAUGGUCACAAGUUGAAGCUGACGGCAUCCUACGUAUGUGUCGAUGGCUAUAUAACCUCACCCAUGCCAUGAAACCUGUCACCAAGUGCCAAGAUGAAGACGGCGACAUCCAGAUGAGUGAAUUUGCACUGAGGCCCCGGCGAGUCCUUCUGCACUGUGCAGAUGGAUAUACCGAAACCUCAAUGCUAGCCGUGGCGUAUUUCAUGUACGCUGAAGGAGUUCCCUUACAUGAGGCGUGGAUUCGCUUGCACGUUGAAAAGCAGCGCAAUUUCUUCGCUUACCCUUCCGACGUGGCUCUAUUGAACGCCAUCCAAGGUCGCAUUCUGGGCGAAUCUCCGAAAUUCGAUUCCUCAAAGAUGGCCUCCAUAGAACCCCCAGCAUGGUUGGCUAAACUUGACGGUAGCUUGCCGAGUCGCAUUCUCCCAUACAUGUACCUAGGCAAUCUGACCCACGCGAACAACCCCCAGAUGCUCAGGUUAUUGGGCAUUCGGCGGAUAUUGAGUGUCGGGGAGCCAGUCUCGUGGACAGAACAAGAAGUAAACGACUGGGGACGAGAAAAUCUGAUGAUGGUAGAUCGCGUGCAGGAUAAUGGGAUCGACGAAUUGACGUUAGAGAUGGAAAGGUGUCUUGGGUUUAUAGAACAAGGGAAGCAGGACGGCACCGCGACAUUCGUCCAUUGCCGUGUUGGCGUCUCUCGCUCCGCAACCAUUUGCAUUGCCGAAGUCAUGGCAAGUCAAGGGCUGAGUUUUCCCCGCGCAUACUGCUUUGUUCGCGCUCGCCGCCUCAACGUCAUCAUCCAGCCGCACCUGCGCUUCGUCUACGAAUUGAUGAAAUGGGACGAAAUCCAGCAGGAGAAACGCGGGGUAAUUGUCAAGAGGGAACUCGAGUGGGCAACCGUCGCAAGAGAGAUUGCUGCAAUGAACAGGCCUUAUGCUCGGUCAUGA